AUGAAGAUCCUCACAACAAACUACAUCAGCUGCGCCGUCAAGGCCUGCAAGUCCACCUCCCUCUCCUUCCCCCUGCACUUCCAAGACGCAGUGCUCGUCCAGGAAGAGGUCGACUUCAAGCCCGAGUUCAUCACAAACAUCCUCCCCCGGAUCGAAUGGGAGGCGCUCAAGAUCACCGCCGUUGAGCUAGGAUUCACUACGUUGCCGGCGCAGAAGCCAGAGGCGACGGAAGAGGCGCCUUUGGACCCCCAGGUGCUGAAGGACCUGCAUACCCUGCUGCUUGAAACACAGGUGACGGAGGGGAAGCUGGUUUGUGCCAAUUGCAAGCAUGUGUAUAACAUUCACCAGGGCAUUGCAAACUUCUUGCUGCCGAACCAUCUUGUCUAA